CAAUUAAAAGACAGCAGCACAAACACCUAUGGAGCAAUGGGACUAAAACAAAACAUUCCAGCUAAAACCAAUUUAACCACCCGAAUAUCCUGUGUCUGCUGGGAGUCUGUGUUCUGAACGAACCUUAUUGUCUGAUCCUGGAGCUGAUGGAGGGAGGAGAUCUGCGUUCUUACCUGAGAGGAGCUCGUUCCACGUCUAAAACGGAGCAACUUUUGACCAGAACUGACCUUCUGGAUAUUAGUGUAGAUGUUGCUAAAGGAUGUGCAUAUUUGGAGAGGCUCCGUUUUGUUCACAGAGACCUCGCUGCCAGAAACUGCCUCGUUUCAGUACAAUCCUAUACAGAUCCUAAUCGGGUGGUUAAGAUCGGAGACUUUGGAUUGGCGAGAGAUGUUUAUAAGAACGAUUACUACAGGAAAAAGGGGGAGGGCUUAUUCCCUGUUCGCUGGAUGCCACCAGAAAGCCUGAAUGAUGGAAUUUUUACCAAGUAUUCAGAUGUAUGGGCGUUUGGAGUGCUUCUGUGGGAAACUGUGACUUUAGGAAAGCAGCCGUAUCCGGCAUUUUCAAACCAGGAGGUUCUUCGUCUUGUUAAUGCAGGAGGACGACUGCCAGCACCCGCUGCCUGUUCCCAAACCCUAUAUAACGUGAUGCUGUCCUGUUGGAGGACAGAGCCCUUCCAGAGACCCAGCUUCCGCUCCCUUCAGUGCACUUUAGAGAGGUUAAGAGAGACUGAAACCGAAACAAUCAGCAACGAUGGCAAAUCUGGCCAUGUGAAUCCUGCAUUCCAAAAAGAACACGAGGAAGAGAUUUUUUCCCAAGGUGUGGACACGGAUGAGGGUCUGGGGUCAGGACUUACUCAUGUUCUCAGCAACGAAGGCCUGAACUACCUGAUAUACCGAGCCGAUGACUCUGAGGACACAAACAGGAGGACUGAUUCUUCAUCAUUUACAGAAAAUAGAUGAAUUGAGAAAGAUGGCUUGUGUUUUAUUUUUUUUUAUUGUGUUUAUAUCAUAUACUGAGUGAUUAUAUCAUAUACUGUAUAAUAGAUGUUUAUUCUAAAUGCAAUCCAAACCACCAUCUGAUGAACACCUGAACAUUGAGUAUAUAAUGUAUAUAACUGUGAUAUGCUUAGAAUUCCAUUAAAUAAUUGUUCAGAGUCAGAGAUUUAUUUUAAUCUGAGACAGUUCAGCACUUGUAGGUGGUAUGUUACACUUUAUGAGAUGUACACAAGAACACAACAGAAAUCCUUUAAGUAGGGUUGAUUCCAAAGAGUUGGCAUUAUGCCAUUUUUUGAUCAUUGAAAAUAUUUUAUAUUUUAUUUAGUUUUCUUAUAGUGUUACAGUUUUUUUUAAGUACAGCCGCCAUUACAAGCCUGUAAUCUGAGGAGCUAGCAUUGGCUAGAUAAUGAUGCCCAAGGGACACAA